AUGAUCAUCGUCUUAUUUCUCGCGUAUUUUUUCUCAUUUUCUGAUGCUGCUCCUGACAAAAGUUGUUUGACUCCAGAAUUUAAGAAACUUGCUGCUACUUGUGUUGAGGUAACAUUUUUCAGGAUUAAAAUUUACAUUUUAAAAAAAAACUUUAUUUAUACAGGGUCUGAAUCCAUUGUUCGCCGAACUUCAAAAACCUCAAAACAACGAGGCUGAAAAAAUCAAAUUGAUAAAUCUCUGUGAGAAUUCAUUGAAUUGUUUCAAAUCAAUCGAAAAAUGCGCGGAAAUUCCAAAAGAAAUAAUCGAUAGUGCUGAAAAUAUAUGCAGUUUGACGAAAUUCCUGAACAGUCCUCAAUUUUCGCCGUGCGUGGAAAUCAUUGAUUCGAAAAAGGACAAAUGUUCCAGAAAACUUUUCAUUGGUUCAGAACAAAUAAAGGGUGAUCGAAAAGAGAAAUGCGAGAUUUACAAAACGAAUGGAGACUGUGCCAGAAAAUUCAUCUCAAGUUCGUGUAGCAAAGAAGCGUUAAAAGCUUUUGAAACUUUCAGAACUGAAAGAACCAAAAGACUCAAAUGUUAA